AACUCGGAGCUUCUGGGGAACCUUCAGGGCUACAAACACUCGAAGGAGUACAUCGCGACCCAGGGUCCGCUGCCCGAGACCCGGAACGACUUCUGGAAGAUGGUUCUGCAGCAGAAGUCUCCGAUUAUCGUGAUGCUGACGCAGUGCAACGAGAGGCGGAGGGUGAAGUGCGACCACUACUGGCCGUUCACCGACGAGCUGGUGAUGUACGGCGAGAUCAGCGUGGAGAUGAUGUCAGAGACCAAGUCCCCCGAGUGGACCAUCACCAAGUUCAGACUGGGAUACGCCGACGAGACUCAGGACGUCCUGCACCUGAACUACACCUCGUGGCCGGACCACGGCGUCCCCACCGUCAACGCCAUCGAGAGCAUCCUGCAGUUCGUCCACAUCGUCCGACAGCAGGCGAACCGGACCAAAGACCCCAUCAUCGUCCACUGCAGCGCCGGCGUCGGCAGAACCGGAACCUUCAUCGCUCUGGACCGACUGAUGCAGCACAUCAGGGAGCACGAGUUCGCCGACAUCCUGGGGAUGGUGUCAGAGAUGAGGUCACACCGACUGUCCAUGGUGCAGACCGAGGAGCAGUACGUGUUCAUCCACCAGUGUGUGCUGCUGAUGUGGCAGAAGAAGAAACAGUCGAGCAUCACGUCAGACGUCAUCUAUGAGAACGCCAGUAAAACAUAAGACACGCUGGACGCUGCCUCCUGAGCUUCAGACCUCCAUCUGUGCAGAAGAAGAAGAAGAAGAAGAAGAAGCGCUUCAUCAUCGUAUCAACAGCAGAACAUCUCAGCGAGAAACACCCACCGGCUCCCCACACUUUAGUUUGGUGUUACGGACGGACGCUUUGCCUUAAGGAGCCUUCACCGACUGGACCGCCACCACCCGAUUCAUCCACCAGGCUCCGAGCGGCGCCGACCUGCCGAGUCCUGAACCGACACCACGAGGACCCGAUCAGCAGAAACACGACACUUCAUUUAUGACUUCAUCUCAGGAGUGGCUGAAGAACCAGCAAGCACACGACCUCCUGCUCCUCCUGCCACCAAACUACUGCCACCGCCAAGAGUCCCAGCCGGCCAGGACUCAGCAGACAUCCACAGAACAUCCAGAACACGUCCAGAACACGUCCAGAACACGUCCAGCGAGCAGCGCGUCUGCAGCCACAUGAGCACAACGGUACCUUCAGCUGUUUGGGUCCAAACACUAAAACCAAUGUCCACUGACAGGAGGCGCCGGACUUUGAGGAACAUGUUGAACGUUUGAGCUGCUAAAAGAUGUCGGGUCCAAACUGGUGACUGUUCUGGUUCUGAACAUCUGAAGGCACAGAGACAGAAGCGGGUCGGAGCCUCGUGACGCUGCUGUUUGCAUGUUGAGGCAGUUUAACGUUUAGACGAUUCUCGUGUAGAAGCUGUAGUUUGGAUUUGCACUGAGGACAGAACCACCAACCCGGUUCUGACAGCAGAACUGGACCCGGUUCUGGAGGCUCCGAUCAGACAACAGAAGCAGACAAACUGCUUGAGCUCCAGUUGGAGGCGACAGAAACAAACAUAUCUGCUCUGAGUCGACCCGAACCGACCCCAGAACCAGAACCUGCUCAUAUCAGAGUUUAGCUACAAACUUCAAACCUGCAAAGAUGAACCGUCCAGAACCGUCCAGAACCGUCCUUCUCACUCAAACAUUCACUGUUUCUGUUACAACAGAGUGUCUGAAGAUCCUCAGUCCUCCAGGUUCUGGUUCUUCUGGUAGUUUAAUGGUAGCAACUGGACCUGCUUGAGUUCCUUG